AUGUUUCGAUCAUCCGCUGAAUUGUUAUAUGAUAAAUUGAGUGGUAUUGCAUGUCUAUAUAAACCAGCUGACAUGCAAAUGCAACAUUUUUGUAUUAUUAUACAAGAAAGAUUAGCAUCAGUAUUUAAUCAAUUAUCUUGUCGAGAACCAAUGCAUCGUGUUGAUAUUAAACGUGAUUAUCAAACAGGAAAAGAAAUUGUUGUUACAUCUGUUGAUCUAUCGGAUACAGUACAAGCAUUAGGUCCACGAUAUCAACCAGAAGAUUUUGAUAUUCAAACAAUUUUUCCAUUAGAAUCUUUUUCAUCUGGAUUACAGAUUGUUAGUAUUAAUGAUGAAUCAAAACGUCUUGAACAAAUUAAAGAUGGACAACCUUUAAGAUGUUAUCAUAUUCAAGGAAAAAUGGGUGAAUCAACAGAUACACUCGAUGCUAAUGGUGUUAUUGUCGAAAAAAGCACUUACAAACAUGUAUCUCGAUCAAAGAUUGAACGUGUUUGUGCUCUUAUUCAAAGUAGUUUUCAGACAUCAAUGUACAAAAUGUCAGGUAUUAGUCCAUUUACUCAAACUGGUUUUGAAUUAGCUAAAGGUGGUUUAUGGAAACCUCGUGAUCAUACAUUACCACCCAUAGUUUAUGGUCUUAAAUUAUUAAAUUUCAAAGCACCUUUUUUUGAUAUUGAAAUGCAUGUAAUCAAUGAAAAAGAAAUUCAUUUAAAAGAAGUUAUUCUUGAUAUUGGUAUACGUUUACGUACAAGUACACUAUCAGAAUCAGUACGUCGUUCAAAAAUUGGUCCAUUAAAUAUUCAACAUUCGCUAGUUAUUGAUGAGAUAACACCGGAUAAUUUAAUUAAUAAUAUAGAUACAAUUGAAACAAUUAUUGAAAAAUCGAAUCUAUUGGAUAAAACAAUACUUGUGAAUAAAACACAUAAAGAUGAAACAAAAUUACUUGGAAAACAAUCAGAUGAAAGUACAGUUGAUCUUUAUAAAACAAAACGAUUGAUUAAUUAUGAUCGACAAACAUAUACAGAAGAAGAAGAAGAAGAAGAAAAUGAGGACAUUGGUAGAUAA